GAGUAUAUAUAUAUAUACAUCACGACUGCCCUCUCUUGAUUUUCGAUCAGAAUAUUGUGUUUUGACAUGAACUGUCAAAAACAUAUUUUCUGACGAAUUAAUUGAUCUCAAUGUUAUCAAGAAUACAGUAAUGUCAAUCAAUUUGGACAUAAGAUUGAAACGAGCGAGCAAGAUUUAUCAUGAAGGAGAAAUUGUCUCUGGAUUGCUAUUGUUGCAAACUAAUUCAGAUGUCAAGCACGAUGGAAUUUUUCUCACAAUGGAAGGUUCCGUGAAUCUUCAAUUAAGCUCGAAAAAUGUUGGGAUAUUUGAAGCGUUCUAUAAUUCAGUCAAGCCCAUCCAAUUGGUACAAUAUACACUCGAUGUAGCACCGGCUGGAAAAAUACCAAGUGGUAAAACAGAAAUUCCAUUUGAGCUGCCGUUGAAGCCUCGAGGAAGCAAAUCCCUUUAUGAAACGUAUCAUGGAGUAUUUGUAAACACGCAGUACAUGAUAAAAUGCGACAUAAAGCGAAAUUUCCUUGCAAAAGACGUGAGCAAAUCUCUGGAAUUCAUAGUCGAAGAUUUGAACAGCAACGAACCAAGAAAACAGACCAAACCUGUUUCUUUCAAAAUAAUGCCAGAGUCGUUGCAAAACGUCAGAGAACGAUCAACUAUACCAGGAUUUUGUAUAUCUGGUAAAAUUGACUCUCUCGAGUGCAAAUUGUCUGAACCGCUAACGGGCGAGGUAAUCAUUGAAAGCUGCGAGGCAAUGGUGAAAUCAAUCGAGCUACAGCUUGUAAGAGUAGAAACUUGCGGCUGUGCCGAAGGAUAUUCCAGAGAUGCCACAGAAAUACAAAAUAUACAAAUAGGUGAGGGAAACGUGUGCCCGGGUUUAGCAAUACCGAUAUACAUGAUAUUUCCUCGGUUGUUCACGUGUCCGACUCUCAGCACGAGCAACUUCAAAGUUGAGUUCGAAGUGAACCUUAUCAUCUUGUUCGAGGAUGAUUACUUGGUAACAGAAAACUUUCCUAUAAUUUUAAGUCGUCACUGACGUCGUCACACGAUCAAUGGGAGAAAGAGGAUUUUUGUAAAAAUUGCGAAAACAAAAAUCUUGUAUUUCAUACCUAAACGCUUUGGAUUACAAAUAAAUUGUAUAGAUUCUCUAGAAAA